ACGAAGCAUCGGCCCCUCGGGCGCCGUUAGUUUUGACGUCGUGUUUUCAGGUUUCGCGAAGCUUAACCAAACCGCGGUUACUGCAACCCCAACCGGGUUCACCCUCGUAGUUUAUAAUCACCCCUUGAGCGCUGCGACAAACUAGGUAGCAGGAGAGCCAGCGAGAGAUGAUGGCCAUGAUGAUGAUGGGGGCAGAAGGAGGGGACCGUCGUCAUCCGACGGUCGUUGUUCCGCCGUGGUCGUCGCCCUUCGAGAGUCCGGCGGCGGGGAUUGACUACCACCUCUUGGCCGCCGCCGACGGGGCGUCCACCCUCGCGCUGCUGCAGCGCCAGCUGCGGUUCGACGGCGAGGAGGCGGGAUGGGUGGAGGAGGACGUGGAGGAGCCCGACUCGGCCGUGGACGUCUACUCGUCGGACGAGUUCCGGAUGUAUGAGUUCAAGGUGCGGCGGUGUGCGCGCGGCCGCUCCCACGACUGGACCGAGUGUCCCUUCGUCCACCCUGGUGAGAAGGCGCGUCGCCGAGACCCCAGGAAGUACCACUACUCCAGCGCGGCGUGCCCGGACUUCCGCAAGGGCGGUUGCAAGCGCGGUGACGCCUGCGAGUUCGCUCACGGGGUGUUCGAGUGCUGGCUCCACCCGGCGCGCUACCGAACGCAGCCCUGCAAGGACGGCACCACCUGCGCCCGCCGCGUCUGUUUCUUCGCCCACGCGCCCGACCAGCUCCGCGUCCUUUCACAGCAUCAGCAGACGCCAACAUUACCCGCGGUGGAGUCCUAUGAUGGUUCGCCGCUACGCCAACAGCAGGCGCUGGAGUGCUACAUAUCGAAGAAACUGAUGUCCUCCAAGACCUCGACGCUGAUGUCUCCGCCGGUUUCCCCGCCGAUGUCACCGAGCAGGACGGCACUCCGGCGGGCGUCGUGGCCGGUGGGAACAUCUCUGAACGAGAUCGUGGCCGCACUGCAGCAGCUACAGCUCACCCAGGCGAAUCCAGCGCCUAGCUGUUGGAACUUACAACUAGGUGACGGUCUGUUCGGAUCGCCAAGAUGCACCGCAGCGGGGUUCAAUGCCGGCUUCUGCAGUCUGCCAUCGACUCCAACGAUGGCGGGGACGAGUGGCGGCGGACUGGAGUGGGCGGACGACGCGGACGGUGGGUUGGCGCAGGGGGAAGAGCCUGUGGAGAGGGUGGAGUCGGGGAGAGCCCUCAGAGCGAAGAUCUUCGAGAAGCUGAGCAAAGAAUGCGUUGUGGAGCGAGCCGAGGCGGCUCCGCCGGUGCCGGCGCCGGAGGUGGUGAAGUGAUAUGCGGGAGGAGGAAUCCUAUGGGUGACCGUAAACCGUCGAGGGAGAUAGAGAAGAUGGAUGUAGAAUAUUUGUACAUAGAAAAUGGUGGUGGGAAUGGAACCGUGGUGGAUCUGUUUUGGGGAUUCUUCCUGCAGAAAGAAAGAAGGUGAAGUGAUCCAUGGAAGAUCGAAGCAAGCAGGAGCAGCACCGCGGCCUUAUCCUUGUGAUUGCAAUGUGAAAUCUGUAAUUAUCACGUCUGUAUUUUGUAGUAUAUAUGUAGCUUUGUAUCACGACGAUUUAGUGAGGCAUGUCACUCGUUGCCGGUA